GUUUCUAGUAACGGCUUCAACUGAGACUUAAACGUAAACGGACUGCUCAUCCUUCACCCUAUAUCAACCUUAUGUCGUCCCCAAUCGACGCCCGUGCGCCAUGGUAUACGGGUUGUCUAAGGACCUCUACUGUCUUGAUGAAUAUUUAAUAGUCAUCUUCUUUCACUCUUGUCGUCUAAAAAUAUAACAAAACGUCUAUAAGUUGAAAUUUAGAUUACCUUUGUACAGUAUCCUGCCUUCCUGGACUGCGUCUUCAGUUUCAAAGCGAACAGAACGAUUCUGCGCAAGCGACCGCCGUAAGCCAGUCGAGAGACAACAUCAUAUUAAGAAAAUACUUAUCGGACUGAAAAGGAGAGAUUCGAUGAAAGGGAAGUGAAGCGAAGAGGAAAACGUGAAGCACUGGAUAGCCAUGCAAGGCACCGAAAUUAUCUUAUUGGUGAUUUUAUCGUCUUGUGGCACCUGUCAAGAAUAUGUAGGCUGUUACAAAGAUUCUGACCCGAGGGAUCUCCCGCAGAGGAUCCAUGAUAGGGAGGUGACAGUCAAGUCAUGCACCAAGAGCUGCAAGGACCUGUUCUACAGAUACGCCGGCCUACAGUUUUCCUAUCUCUGUUUCUGUGGAAACAAGCGAGGACGAUAUGGUCAACUGCCAGAUUGGAAGUGCUCGAGCGAAUGUACAAAUAAAAAAGACGAGCAUUGUGGUGGAUACUGGAGUAAUUCCAUCUAUAAAACAGGUUACGACCCCCCAGGAGGCGUGAAGAUUACUCCUUUACUGACAAAAGCAUUGACUGAUCUAAAGCCAAGAGUUAAUGCUACAAAACACAAGAACCACAAAGCAGUGAAGAGUGACCACUAAGAAAAGGAAGAUAUUCUGAAGGCUUUCACUGGACAUUAUAUUGCUCAAUUUCUUUCCACUGAAAUCAUUUAUCGCUCACCGACUGUACUCCUGUUUAAUAAAUGUUCAAUAUUUUG